ACUAGGGGUUUGCAUGCCCCUGGGAGCCACGGACUGGAAAUGACAUGUGAGACCUCUACCAAUUGAGGGUUCAUGAGCACGCUCCUUUGCCAAGACCUUGGCGAGUUGUCAGUCUCACCCUGUGCUAUUAUAGCUUAGAAAUUACUUCUGAUCAUGAUUGUGCUUGGCUGGAUGCUUUUUGUUGGAUUUGCAUGUUACAGGGGCACAUUUCCAGUGAUCACACCUCCAACCCUGAAGUGGAAAGAGAAGCGGCCUGUUCAGCGGAGGAAGACACAGCCGAGGAGUCAGGCUGUGGAGGAAGAUCUGCUCAGGGACAAUGUGGAAGGGAUAUAAGUAUCCCCCAGGAGGGACCCCAGUGGAAAUAAGCAAAGAUGAUCCUGGUGAAGUGAUGCAGCUCUGAAGCUCACCCUGACCAAGCUGUACAGCUCCUGUUGUUGGUUUCGCAUAAAGUCAUUGCACAA